ACUAGGUACCUUGGAAUCUCUCUACAGACAGAGAGAGAGAAGUGGGAGAGCAGAUGAACCAUGUCUACCAUAUCUUUAUCCCUAUCUCCCAAACCCUUCCUCUCCAUUUACAAGCCAAAACCUUACUGUUUUCUCAACACCCAUAAUUCCUCUUUGCCAUUGACCUCACCAACCAAUAUCUUAUCCAAAAGACCCAAUUUUUCACAGAGUUCACUUCAAAAAAGCACCCAAAUUUGGAGAGUCUCAGCUGCCUCUGGUGGAGAAGUUGUGCCAUCAGAAGCCGCCCCACUAGAGAAUUCCCAGGAGAUAUUGACCACAAGUGAUGAUGGUGUCUCCAACAUCAUACAGGCUCUUCUCUUCAUAGCCUUCAUUGGUCUGUCUGUUCUCACUAUUGGGGUUAUCUACAUAGCUGUGACAGAUUUCUUGCAGAAGAGGGAGAGAGAGAAGUUUGAGAAAGAAGAGGCAGCUAACAAAAAGAAGAAUGGAAAGAAGAAGAAGGUGAAAGCAAGGGCUGGGCCUAGGGGAUUUGGGCAAAAGAUUGAUGAUGAUGAUUAUGAGGAUUAGGAUUUUCAGUGUAAGCUUUUCAAGGGCUUUGUUACUCCAAGUUGGAUUCUUUUUAUAUAUGUUCUUUUUUUUUCCUGGUACUUCUGAGAAUUAUCAGUUAAAGGGUGUACACUUGUUGUUUUAGUGAUGAAUACAUGAUGCUCAAUGCAAACAAUGGAGCUUCAUGCCAUCGAUGAGCCCUCCAAGGCUAGAAGUUUAUGGUGUCUUUUUAGAGUCGCUGAAGUGUAUGCAUUAAGUUAUAACAAAUAGGAUACAAUAGAGCCCAGAAACUCCGAAAAGUUUGGUUGUAUUUUGCAUAAAAUGAAACAAAACCAAAUCACCCAUGGUUUCUAUUC